GGUGCCAGGGUAUGGCUGCGGGAGCAGGACCAGCUGCAGCCAUGCACUGUUGGCUCAUGCACAGAUGGAAACGUGAUCCUCACCUCAGAUUAUGGCUUGGUAUUCCAGUACCCCAAGGCUUCCCUUUCCAGAGAAAAGAUCUUGCCAAUGCAUCAAACCAGCAUUGAUGGGGUGGAAGACAUGUCCAUGCUGGGAGAUCUGCACGAAGCUGCCAUCCUGCUUAACCUGCACCAGCGCUACAAACAGGGUAACAUCUACACAAACAUUGGUUCCAUCUUGGCAUCAGUAAAUCCUUACAAACCCAUCCCUGGUCUGUACAGUGUGGAUGCCAUAGAACUGUACAGACAGCACCGCCUGGGUGAGCUGCCUCCCCAUAUCUUCGCCACCGCUAACGAGUGCUACUGCUGCUUGUGGAAGCGUCAUGACAGCCAGUGUGUUCUGAUAAGUGGAGAAAGUGGAGCUGGGAAGACUGAGAGCACCAAGCUACUGCUGAAAUUUCUGUCAGCAAUGAGCCAGACCUCCCUCGGGGCCCCUGCGUCUGAGAAGAGCACUUGUGUGGAAGAGGCCAUCCUGGAAAGCAGCCCCAUUCUGGAGGCCUUUGGAAAUGCCAAGACAGUUUAUAACAACAACUCCAGCCGCUUUGGCAAGUUCAUCCAGCUGCACUUCUCUCAACAUGGACACAUCCAGGGAGGCCGAGUAACCGAUUAUUUACUGGAAAAGAACAGAGUGGUACAUCAGAACCCCGGAGAGAGGAAUUACCACAUUUUUUAUGCUCUUCUAGCUGGUGUGAGUGGGGAGCAGAAAGAGAGCCUCUCCCUCUCUGAGCCAGAGACUUACCGCUACUUGAACCAGUCUGGUUGUGUGACUGAUGAGAAUUUGAAUGACGUAGAGAUGUUCAGUAAGGUCAUGACUGCCAUGAAGGUGGUGGACUUCAGCACUGAAGAAAUCAGAGACAUCUUCAAACUUCUUUCUGGCACACUUCAUUUGGGAAAUGUUGAAUUCAUGACAGCUGGUGGGGCCCAGAUUACAACCAAAGCGGUGCUGAACAUUGCCAGUGACCUCCUGGGCUUAGACGCCUUUCAGCUUUCUGAAGUACUCACUCAGAGGUCCAUGAUUCUGCGUGGGGAAGAGAUCAGCUCCCCUCUCACCGUGGAGCAGGCAGCUGACUCCAGGGACUCUCUCUCUAUGGCACUCUAUUCCCAGUGUUUUUCAUGGCUCAUUAGCAAGAUUAAUACAAAGAUCAAAGGCAAGGAAAACUUUAAGUCUGUGGGCAUCCUGGAUAUCUUUGGCUUCGAGAACUUUCAGGUGAAUCGUUUCGAGCAGUUUAACAUUAACUACGCAAAUGAGAAACUCCAGGAAUAUUUCAACAAACACAUCUUCUCCUUGGAGCAGCUGGAGUACAACAGGGAAGGGAUAAACUGGGAAGCCAUUGACUGGAUGGAUAAUGCAGAGUGCCUGGACCUUAUCGAGAAGAAACUGGGUCUACUGGCUUUGGUGAAUGAAGAGAGUCGAUUCCCCAAAGGCACAGACAACACCCUUCUGGAAAAACUUCACAGCCAGCAUAUGAGCAACCACUACUAUGUGAAGCCUCGCGUGACAGACCAUCAGUUUGGCAUAAGACAUUAUGCUGGGGAGGUGCUAUAUGAUGUCAGAGGCUUUCUGGAGAAGAACAGAGACACCUUUCGAGAUGACAUUUUAAACAUGCUGAAAGAUAGCAGGCUGGACUUCAUCUAUGACCUUUUUGAAAAAGUCUGCAGUCGUUGCAGCGAGGAGACACUGAAGAUGGGCACCCAGAGGCGCAGACCGACUGUCAGUUCUCAGUUCAGGGAUUCUCUCCAUUCUCUGAUGGCCACGCUUAGUACUUCCAACCCAUUCUUCAUCCGUUGCAUCAAACCAAAUACAGAAAAGGCACCAAACCUCUUCAAUCCAGAUGUGGUGCUAAAUCAACUCCGGUAUUCAGGGAUGCUGGAGACAGUGAAAGUUCGGAGAGCAGGUUUCCCUAUACGGCGCCUUUUCCAGGACUUUCUCAGCAGGUACAAGAUGCUUGUGAAGGGACCAAGUUUCUCAGACAACAGCAAAGCUGUAUGUGCAGGCUUUCUUCAGAUGUAUGACAGCAGCAAGAAAGAAUGGCAGCUGGGUAAAACCAAG